AUGAGAGUUGAAAAAAUGAUUCAGAACUCAUUCUUUGAUAAUAUAACUCUUCUGACCAAUGAUCCGUUAGCGUUUUCACCUUGGGAUUUGCCACAAAUUACUUUCCUUAACCCAUUUUCUGGAUUUGACAAGUCUAAAACUCCACCAGUUAUUUUCCAACAAAUGUUUUACUCACACCGCUAUCAGUAUGGUUCUUACAUCCCAGUUUAUACUGAUGGCUCAAAAUCAGACGAACAUGUUGGCUGUGGAGUAGUAAUUGGAUCUGAUAUCGACAGUUAUCGUCUGGAGAGCUGUUGUUCUGUAUUUACUGCUGAGCUCACAGCUAUCCUCUGUGCUCUCCAGAAAAUAUCACUUUCAACUCGCAGCAAAUUUUGCAUUUAUAGCGACAGCAUGAGUUCAUUGCAAACGCUCUCUAAUUUUCACUGUCAGAUACACCCAGUUGUUCAUGAAAUAUUCAUCCUUUUGCGCACUAUCCAGAAUCAGGGUUUCUCAAUUCUUUUUUGUUGGGUUCCCAGCCAUGUCGGGAUUUUUGGCAAUGAACUGGCAGACAAAGCUGCUAGAGAUGCCUCCUUAUUUUUGCUGCGCCCUCUUGCUUUUUGUGAUAUCAAGAGGUCCUUUGCUAAUUUCAUAUAUAAAUCAUGGCAGGAAACAUGGGAUCAAAAAGUCAAUAACAAGCUGCACGCUGUUAAACCAGUAAUUGGUUUGUGGUCGGCUCUGCCUUUGCGAUGA